AUGGAAAGAGAAGAGAUUGUCGAAUCUCCGCGAAAGCGGGUAAAGAUUGACAACCCCCAGAAUGAGGAUAACGAGGCUGUGGUCACAGUUCCCAAUGUUGAGUUAAGCUCGCCAACUCAAGCGACGAGGGAAGUCGACGUCGGAAUUACAGAGUUUGUCAGUGCGGAUAUUCCUGGGUUUGAGGGUAUACUCAAGAAGAGGUAUACAGAUUUCCUAGUGAACGAAAUCCUCCCAUCGGGCGAGGUGCUCCAUUUGCAAAAUCUGAAUGUGCCUCAAUCGCUUCAAUCGCGACCUGUGAAAGACGCCCCCGAGCAAAAAUCCGAGGAACAAAUUACCAGCGAUAAAACUCAAUCGACGCCUGGGUCUGAGAAUCUCACCGAGAAACCUGAAUUUUCACUGUCAGACGAUGACCGAGCACAACUUGAGGAAUUAUUCGGACCGGAAGCCGCUGCGAAAAUUAUCGACUUACAUGCGCGUGUCCUUGCUUCACCGAACCAGCCACCCAAGAAAUUCGGUCAGGUCGAAGCUGCUACUGUGGACGAUAAAGAUGUGCGAACCAAGAUGCAUAUGACGUUGCGACGCAUUUUCAAUUCGCUUUUGGAAUCAAGGACAAAUGCAGAAAAUGUUAUGAUCAUUGGUGCUGCGCCAAAUAGACAUAAAAAAUCUGCUAGAGGGUUCCGAGGAGAACCUACUCAAAAACCUGCCCGAUCUGGCUGGGAGGAGCGAGGCGGGCAAUAUCUGCAUUUCACUAUUUACAAGGAGAAUAAAGAUACAAUGGAAGUCAUUUCUUUCCUUGCGCGCAAUUUGAAAAUGCAUCCCAAGGGAUUCCAAUUUGCAGGGACGAAAGAUCGUCGAGGUGUCACUGUGCAGAGAGCUUGUGUAUUCAAGGUUGUGGCGGAACGUCUUGCUGGGCUCAACAAGAUCCUAAGAAAUGCGGCAGUGGGCGAUUUUGAGUACAACACUCAUGGAAUGGAUCUUGGAGAUCUUGAGGGUAACGAAUUUGUCAUUACUCUUCGAGAUUGUCAAUUUCUUGAUAGUGCGGGCCAGGCGAGUAAAGUAUCUGUGAGCGAAGCAAAAGAACUCGUCGGCAAAGCCAUGUUUAACUUGCGUGAGCGCGGUUAUUUGAAUUACUAUGGUAUGCAGAGGUUUGGUACCUUCGCAAUAGGCACACACGAGGUUGGUCUCAAAAUGCUCCGGGGUGACUUUAAGGGUGCCGUGGAUGCUCUUUUGCAUUUCUCGCCGCAAACUCUCUCAGCAGCCCAAAACACGGACAAUGACCAAGAGGGGCCAUUGAUAUCAUCAGAUGACAAGGCUCGAGCUGAAGCAAUCCAUAUCUACCGAACAACCAACAACGUCAACAAUGCGCUUGAAAAAUUACCAAGAAAGUUUUCUGCUGAAACAAGUAUUAUUCGUUUCCUUGGUCGCGGCAAUAACGACUAUUUCGGCGCACUGCAGAGUAUCCCGCGCAACCUGCGGUUGAUGUACGUGCAUGCCUAUCAAUCUUUCGUCUGGAAUAUUGCCGCCGGUGAACGCUGGCGUCUUUACGGCGACAAGGUUGUGGAGGGUGAUUUGAUCAUUUCCAACCAGGAAAGGUGGCAGGGUACUGCGGCUCAAGACGGCGUCAUCGAUGCCGACGGCGAAGUCAUUGUUGAAGCUCAAGCUCAGGAUAGAGCUAAUGCACUUGAUGAUGUUUUCAUUCGUGCAAGGCCGCUAUCAGCUGAAGAAGCUGCUAGCGGGAAGUAUACAAUCUUCGAUGUUGUACUUCCUCUUCCGGGUUAUGAUGUUGUGUAUCCGGCAAACCAGUUGACGGAUUUCUACAAGAAUUUCAUGGCUAGUGAGCGUGGGGGAGGGUUGGAUCCAUUCGACAUGCGUCGCAAAUGGAGGGAUGUCAGUCUAAGUGGUAGCUACCGCAAGAUACUUAGUAGACCAGGUCCGGUCUAUUCUUAUAAUGUCAAAGCUUACUUUCAGGACGACGAGCAGUUUGUCAGCACAGACUUGGAUAGACUGAAGGGCUUGGAUACAAAGAAGAAGGAUGAAGACAAUGCCGAAGCAAUUGAUGACUCAACUGAUAAGAAAAUAGCUGUUGUGUUGAAGUUUCAAUUGGGAUCGAGUCAAUAUGCGACGAUGGCGCUGAGAGAGUUGAUGAAGUCCGGAGGGCUGAAGGAGUAUAAGCCGGACUUUGGCUCAGGGAGAUAG